AUGCAUUUUAUUUUUAUUCCUGGUUGGAGGCUUGAUCGGUUACCUGGAAACCACUCUGGUGGAACAUUAGAAUGCAGUAAAGAACAUGGUGAAUCAUUGGGAAUGUUUGAUUGGUAUACCCUGAAGUGCUGCUUAUAUGUGAUUGUGGGAAAGGGGGUGAUGGUCAAGGAAGCAAGACAAUUCUCACUCCCCAAUCACUCACCUGCCUCUUUGGAACUACUGACGAAGAAGAUCGCCAAAGGAGUUUUAGUAAUUGAACUUGUGAGCUGUUUUUGGAGUUUAUGUCUUUUGUUAAAUAAGAUGAACACAAGCCAAGAUUUCAGGCAAACAGUAAGCAAGAAAUUUGCCUUCAUCUUGGAAAUUUAUUACAAAUCCAUUGAACAGUCUGGAAUGAACCAAGUCAGAGAGCAAGAUCAAGAAAAGUGGUUGAAGAGCAAAAAUUAG